CAGAAUUGAACAUUCGUGUUUUGUAAUCGGUUCUUAGAAGCAGUUUUGAGUUGAGUUUAGAAUUGAAUAAUGAGCAAGAUCACGUUGAUAAGUGUCCUUUCAAUGGUCGUGGCUGUUUUGGCCGCACCGCAGAUUCCGCCGCAGAACAACGGAGGGGACAACAGCGGAAUUCAACUGUUGAGAUACAACUUUACAAAUAACAACGAAGCAGGCUACGCCUUUACUUAUGAACAAAGUAACAAGCAGAUCUUCUCCGAAGUUGGAACUCCAAAGGACACCGCCAACGGAACGAAGAUUCUGGGAGUCGAAGGUGCCUUUACGUUCGUAUCGCCCGAUGGACAAACCUAUUGGGUCAACUACAAGGCGGACGAGAAUGGAUUUUUGCCCAAAACAGGCACUGGCACCACUGGAGGAAUCCAACCGGGUCAGGACGCUCCUGUUAGAACUUAAACAUAGUGCCUAGCAAUACUCUUCUAGAAAGGAAACUCAAUAAACUUUAAUCUUUCACUAGUCAA